AUGUUUAAUAUAGUAGGAGAACUUUGGAAGGCAUAAUAAUACGCAAUGUAUGAAUGCUGUUUUGAGGUUCCAUAGACAUUCUACAUGCAAGGUAGCAAAAUAUCUCACUAUUUCACCAGUUCACAAUGUUCUGGUAAAAUAUUGAAGAAACGAAAAGAGAAUGUGACUCUAAGGAGUAUAUUAGACACUUUCAACUCUAAAGAAAAGUAUGUGUGUUCCUUUUAGCGACUACUGAACAAGAAAGACGUCCAAUUUAAAUACUUAACACGUAAUGAACUUGAAGCACUCAUAUCUGACAUCUCUAAUUUCUCAGAACUAUAUUAAGAUGUUAUAAUCUAAUAGAUAUUCUCAAGCGAAAACUUUAUUACAUAUUCUCGAUAAGGUCAUGUCACUUAAAUUCAAUAAAGGAUACCCUUAUCCUUAGAACCUUUAAUAACUUUGAAAGACAGCUAAUAUGCUUGUGAAAAAGUUAUAUUUGAAACAAGAGUUAAUAAUGUAGGAAUCACUGUUGAAAAAUUAAUCAGUCUAAUUGAGGGUUAAAAAGUGAAUGAAAUUGAAUUUUAUAUGAAAUAUAUAGGAGAUAAAUUGAUUGUUAUGUGGAACACCAAUCUUUAAAGUAAGAGCAUAAAAAGAACUCUAAAUUUCAUUAAUUCCUUGAACUACUUACACAAUCAAGAAUAUUUCGAAUAGUUUUAACCAAAAAAGUAAGUCACAGAUGAUAUAACUAUGAUUUAAUGUUUUGGGUGCAGAAAAUUAACCAAAAUUAAUGAUACUUUCGAAGUCUUGAAGAAUAGAAUAUGGAAGAUAAGAAUGCAUAGAAAUCUGCAUCAUUUGAAUGAUUAGAAAUUACAUCUAGAUGUAACAGGGAGAAUUGUACCAAGAUUUGAUGAGUUUCAAUUUGUGAGAGUAUGUGGAUUAUGUUAUAAUAGUUUCAUUGAAACUAUCUCAAAUAAUAAUACAAAAGUCGAAAAUACUCUAAGGAGAUUACCACAAAAAUAAAAAGAACUACAAUAAAAAAUGAUGCCCAGUGGUCCUAGAAGGAAAUUGUUUAGAUUUCAUGAUAAUUAAACAUAUUUGGGAAGUCGUACAAAUAGCGCUCAGAUAAAGGAUAGGAGAAUGACAGCAUAAAUAAUGAAUUCGACAUUUGAUGAGAACUAUGAUAGCAUCUAGAAUUAAAGAAUGGAAAUAGAUGAUGAAUUUGAUUAGUUGUUAGAUGAAGUAAAAAACGACAUCCGAAGUUCUUAUCAAUCAAAUAAAGUGAUGAAUAAUAAAUCUAGAAUUUAGAGUUCUUAAAACAAUCAUAAAUUUAAAUUAUAUUACUAAUGA